AGGCCAGCCGGCGCCAUUUUGAAAGUGGAGUCGCCUGCCGCUGCUGCCGCCGCCGUCGCUGUCGUAGCCUCCGCCGCUGCGGGAGAAGGAGCACGAACGGGGAAGCCCCAGAGUGAAACCCACCAUCCCGCUGGCUGGUUUGCCCGCCCCUCCUUCCUUCUCCCCCGGCCCCCGCCCCCUCCCCCCACAGGUGCCAUCCGCCGCCAUCCGCCCUCUCUACCCCCCCAUCCCCAGGUGAGGGGGGUGAGUUCAGGAAGCGGAGACCCGGAGCAACUCAGCAGGGUCACCAUUUGCUGUGCAACAUGGCAGGAGCUGGAGGAGGGAAUGAUAUUCAAUGGUGUUUUUCUCAGGUGAAAGGAGCAGUUGAUGAUGAUGUAGCAGAAGCAGAUAUAAUUUCUACAGUAGAAUUUAAUCAUUCUGGAGAAUUACUAGCAACAGGAGAUAAAGGUGGUAGAGUUGUCAUCUUUCAACAGGAGCAGGAGAACAAAAUACAGUCUCAUAGCAGAGGAGAAUAUAAUGUUUACAGCACCUUCCAGAGCCAUGAACCAGAAUUUGACUACUUGAAAAGUUUAGAAAUAGAAGAAAAGAUCAACAAAAUUAGGUGGUUACCCCAGAAAAAUGCUGCUCAGUUUUUAUUGUCUACCAAUGAUAAAACAAUAAAAUUAUGGAAAAUCAGUGAAAGGGAUAAAAGACCAGAAGGCUAUAACUUGAAAGAGGAAGAUGGAAGGUAUAGAGAUCCUACUACAGUUACUACACUACGAGUGCCAGUCUUUAGACCCAUGGAUCUAAUGGUCGAGGCUAGUCCGCGAAGAAUAUUUGCCAAUGCUCAUACAUACCACAUCAACUCAAUUUCUAUAAAUAGUGAUUAUGAAACUUAUUUAUCUGCUGAUGAUUUGCGGAUUAAUCUUUGGCAUCUGGAAAUUACAGACAGAAGUUUUAAUAUUGUGGAUAUCAAGCCUGCCAAUAUGGAAGAGCUCACAGAAGUGAUCACAGCAGCAGAAUUCCAUCCAAAUAGCUGUAACACAUUUGUGUACAGCAGCAGUAAAGGAACUAUUCGGUUAUGUGACAUGAGGGCAUCUGCCCUCUGUGAUAGGCAUUCUAAACUGUUUGAAGAACCUGAAGACCCCAGUAACAGGUCAUUUUUUUCUGAAAUCAUCUCUUCUAUUUCUGAUGUAAAAUUCAGCCAUAGUGGUCGCUAUAUGAUGACUAGAGACUAUUUGUCGGUCAAAAUUUGGGAUUUAAAUAUGGAAAACAGGCCCGUGGAAACAUACCAGGUACAUGAAUACCUCAGAAGUAAACUCUGUUCACUGUAUGAAAAUGACUGCAUAUUUGACAAAUUUGAAUGCUGUUGGAAUGGGUCUGACAGCGUUGUCAUGACUGGAUCUUAUAAUAAUUUCUUCAGAAUGUUCGACAGGAACACAAAGCGAGAUAUAACUCUAGAAGCAUCACGAGAAAACAAUAAGCCUCGCACGGUUUUGAAGCCACGCAAAGUCUGUGCAAGCGGCAAGCGAAAGAAAGAUGAAAUAAGUGUUGACAGUCUAGACUUCAAUAAGAAAAUCCUUCAUACGGCCUGGCACCCCAAGGAAAAUAUCAUUGCUGUAGCUACUACAAACAAUCUGUAUAUAUUUCAAGACAAAGUGAAUUAGGGUUGGCAUUCCUAGCGGAAGAGCCCACUUCCUGCUUAGUUGAGAUAGUUGAAUCUAGCAUUCGUACCUAUAAAAGAGAGAAGUCCAUUGUGGCACCCCUUUCCAGUGUUUGACAGUGUGCCAUUCGACAACACAUUUUUAUAGCUACAUGGAGAAAACUCUGUGGGUUAUCAUUGUAGUGUUCUCCAUGCCUGCUAGCCAUUUAGGUAAGGGUAGGGCACUUUUAAUUUAAAUGACUUCUUGCACCAUCUUGCCUAAUGGACUAGAUUGGACUGUAUCAACAUUGAGUUACUCCACUUUUUAUGCCUUCCAUUGUGAUGACGUCAAACACAGUGAAAGCCUUCAGUCAUGCUAUGGGAUUUGUGUAUCCUCAUUACUGUAUCAUUUGUGGGGUACACCCCUUCUCCCUUUUUUAAAUUAAAUACAGCUCAUUCUUACUGUGGCUUGUAGCAUUCCUCCUCUCUGGCCUCCUGGACUCUCCCCCUUCAUCUCUCUUACCCUUGCUCCUUCCACCCAGUCUUGGUGGUGGUAUAUUAAGAAAGAAAGAACGAAAGCACACACAAAAUGAGUCAGUUUGGGGUCAGUGAUAAAGGGGGUAUAUGUUGCGAACAAAUGUUCUAAUAACAGUUGGCUGUAAUCACUCCUUGCCAUGUCUGGCACUGAAAAUAAGGAAAAAAAAAAACUACUACUGAAUAAAAGUGACAAAGAAUGGAGAA